CCGUUGAAUUAACAAAGUGGAAGACACUUUGAACAAAAAACCUUAUUCCUUGUUACACUCAUUCUUAGUCAACACUUUGUCAGCUUUCCCAGUAAAGAGAAACACACAAAGCCUCUUUCUUCAACUUCUCACUUCACUUCCUUCCUUUCUUCACACUACUCUCUCUCUCUCUCUCUCUCUCUCUCUCUACAUGUCUUCUCUCAAAACCCUUUCCUCUUUCUACCUUCUCUUCUUCAUCUUCUUCUUCUGCAACAAAGCCUCAACAAAAACCACACCACCUUCAACUUCCUCUGACAUAGAACUUCUUUUGUUCAAAAUCAAACCUUCACUUCAAGGCAAAACUGAGAACCUUGUCCUCUCAUCAUGGAACACUUCAAUCCCACUUUGUCAAUGGAGAGGACUCAAAUGGGUCUUCACAAACGGUUCAUCACUUUCAUGCACUGACUUAUCUUCACCACAAUGGAACAAUCUUUCAUUCUUCAAAAACCCUUUUUUGCAUUUGUUUUCUCUUCAACUACCUUCUGCAAAUCUCUCUGGUUCUCUCCCUAGAGAGAUUGGUCAGUUUCCUAUGCUUCAAAGUCUUUACCUUAAUAUUAACUCAUUGACUGGUACUAUUCCUCUUGAACUUGGUUAUGGUUCUUCACUUUCUGAAGUUGAUUUGAGUGAUAAUCUUUUGAAUGGUGUUCUUCCACCUUCUAUAUGGAAUUUGUGUGAUAAACUUCUUUCUCUUAAACUUCAUGGAAAUUCUUUAUCUGGGUCUGUUUCAGAACCUGCAUUACCUGAUUCAUCUUGUAAAUUUUUGCAGUUUCUUGAUUUAGGUGGGAAUAAAUUUUCUGGUAAUUUUCCUGAUUUUGUUACUACUUUUGGUGCCUUAAAAGAGCUUGAUUUAGGGAAUAAUAUGUUUAGUGGUGUAAUUCCUUAUGGUUUAGUUGGACUUAGGUUAGAAAAAUUGAAUCUUUCUCAUAAUAACUUUAGUGGGGUGGUGCCAUUUUUCGGAGAAACAUCGAAAUUCGGUGUUGAUGCUUUUGAAGGGAAUAGUCCUGAUUUAUGUGGUACACCUUUGCAAAGUUGUAGUAAGAAUUCUUCAUUGAGUUCUGGUGCUGUUGCUGGUAUUGUUAUUAGUCUUAUGACAGGUGCUGUUGUUUUGGCUUCUUUGUUGAUUGGUUAUAUGCAAAACAAGAAGAAAAAGGGGAGUGGUGAUAGUGAAGAUGAAUUGAAUGAUGAAGAAGAUGAUGAAGAAAACGGUGGCGGAAAUUCGGUUGGUGGAAAUGGUGAAGGGAAGCUUAUGUUAUUUCCUGGUGGUGAGAAUUUGACACUUGAUGAUGUGUUGAAUGCGACCGGGCAAGUUAUGGAGAAGACGUGUUAUGGAACAGCUUAUAAGGCUAAGCUUGCUGAUGGUGGAACAAUUGCUUUGAGGUUGUUGAGAGAAGGUACUUGCAAGGAUAGGACUUCGUGUUUGGCGGUUAUAAAACAGUUGGGGAAAAUUCGACAUGAGAAUUUGAUUCCUUUGAGAGCUUUCUAUCAAGGAAAAAGAGGGGAGAAGCUGCUUAUUUAUGAUUAUCUGCCUCUCAGAACUCUUCAUGAUCUUUUGCAUGAGAUUAAAGCAGGAAAACCAGUGCUGAACUGGGCCAGGAGACACAAAAUUGCAUUGGGUAUAGCAAGAGGACUAGCAUAUCUUCACACAGGACUUGAUGCUCCUAUAACUCACGCAAACAUACGAUCCAAGAAUGUUCUCGUGGACGACUUCUUCGUUGCCAGGGUCUCCGAUUUUGCCCUAGAUAAAUUGAUGAUCCCUUCCAUAGCUGACGAGAUGGUGGCACUUGCCAAGACUGACGGCUACAAAGCACCGGAGCUUCAAAGAAUGAAGAAAUGUAACUCAAGGACCGACGUUUAUGCGUUCGGUAUAUUACUUCUUGAAAUCUUGAUUGGUAAGAAGCCUGGUAAGAACGGAAGAAGCGGCGAGUAUGUGGAUUUACCUUCGAUGGUGAAAGUAGCGGUUCUGGAGGAGACAACAAUGGAAGUGUUCGAUGUGGAACUGUUGAAAGGGAUAAGAAGUCCGAUGGAAGACGGUUUAGUUCAAGCACUGAAGCUAGCGAUGGGAUGUUGUGCACCGGUUGCAUCGGUUAGACCGAGUAUGGAAGAAGUUGUGAGGCAAUUGGAGGAGAAUAGACCAAGGAACAGGUCUGCCUUAUACAGUCCUACUGAGACAAGAAGUGGAAGUAUUACACCAUUUUGAGCUUUGAAUUCAACUUGUUUAAUCAAAAACUAUUGGAAUUUUACUUUAAGUUGUGUUUUCUUUUUUUGUCACAAGAAUAUGAAUGUGAGAGAGUAAAUGCAUUAUGAUCUAGUAGAGUAUUUUGUAGUUUUAUUUCUAUGUUUUGAAAAUCAAAUAUAAUCACUUAUACAA